CUCCCAGCUCGCGCCCCGUCGGCGGCUUUAAUGAAGGGGUUAACUCUGUUCCAAAAGCGCUUUUGUGGGCUGAUGGCUUCGGCAGGUGCGUCACUGCCUGAGUGUGAGGGAAGCGGGGGCACAGGCUUUUGACAGGCACAGAGACCCGAAACACAGCCGCAGGUGGAGCGUAAUUAAAAUGCCCCCCGCACCCCACCCCUCCACCAGACCCAAGUGCACAAAACACCGACUUCGGGGCUGCCCAAGACGAGCAGCCCCAGAGCUUCGGCCCUCAGAAUGCCGCCACCUCUCUGCUUGCUGCUGCUGCUGCUGCUGUCGUCGGGGGCCACAGCCCCGGCCGCCCUGCCCCUGGAAGGUGGCCUCGAGGGACACGACGACCAACAUCUGCAGGAAGGGAUGGAAAUGAAGAAAAACAGCCUCUUGACUUUCCUGGCUGGGUGGUACCAGUGGGUGUCCCAGGCGGGUGCAGCUUCCUUCACAGGAGGGGGAGCCGGGGAGGCGGCCAAGCGACAGGGCGUCCCACCCCCUCAGCGGUCACUGCGGGAGAAGACACCGUGCAAGGAUUUCUUCUGGAAGACCUUCUCCUCCUGCAAAUAAAACUCCACCCCCGAUCGCUCAUGCAAAGGAGUGUAACGAACCAUCUGAAUAAAAUGUAUUAACAGCU